GGAAGUGGGGCCCUUUGCGAGGUCUCAGGACCGCCCGGAGCCGGCGAGAAAGCCAGACUGUAGGGGCGGGGCCAGGCCGGGAUGGGGACGCGGGCAACCGGCGGGGAACUGCACGCGGACUCGCGAAGCAUCGGGGGCACGGCGCAGCGGCGGCGGGGACAGCAGGCAGCCCGCGCAGCGCCCGGCGCAGCAGGAAACAGCAUGGCAGAGCAGGUGGCUCUGAGCCGGACCCAGGUGUGCGGGAUCCUGCGGGAGGAGCUGUACCAGGGUGAUGCCUUCCAUCAGUCAGAUACACACAUCUUUAUCAUCAUGGGUGCAUCGGGCGACCUGGCCAAGAAGAAGAUCUAUCCCACCAUCUGGUGGCUGUUCCGGGAUGGCCUUCUGCCAGAAGACACCUACAUUGUGGGCUACGCCCGCUCCCGCCUCACGGUGGCUGACAUCCGCAAGCAGAGUGAGCCGUUUUUCAAAGCCACCCCAGAGGAGAAGCCCAAGCUGGAGGAGUUCUUCGCCCGCAACUCCUACGUGGCCGGCCAGUAUGAUGACGCAGCCUCCUACGAGCGCCUCAACAGCCACAUGAAUGCCCUCCACCAGGGGCCACAGGCCAACCGCCUCUUUUAUCUGGCCUUGCCCCCAACCGUGUACGAGGCUGUCACCAAGAACAUCCGCGAGACCUGCAUGAGCCAGACAGGCUGGAAUCGCAUCAUUGUGGAGAAGCCCUUUGGGAGGGACCUGCAGAGCUCUGACCAGCUAUCCAACCACAUUUCCUCCCUGUUCCGUGAGGACCAGAUUUACCGCAUCGACCACUACCUGGGCAAGGAGAUGGUCCAGAACCUCAUGGUGCUGAGGUUUGCCAACCGGAUCUUUGGCCCCAUCUGGAACCGGGACAACAUCGCUUGCGUCAUCCUCACCUUCAAGGAGCCUUUUGGCACUGAGGGCCGUGGGGGCUACUUCGAUGAAUUUGGGAUCAUCCGGGACGUGAUGCAGAAUCACCUUCUGCAGAUGCUGUGUCUGGUGGCCAUGGAGAAGCCUGCCUCCACCAACUCAGAUGAUGUUCGUGAUGAGAAGGUCAAGGUGUUGAAAUGCAUCUCAGAGGUGCAGGCGAGCAAUGUGGUCUUGGGCCAGUAUGUGGGGAACCCCAAUGGGGAGGGUGAGGCCACCAAAGGGUACCUGGAUGACCCCACGGUGCCCCGCGGCUCCAUCACUGCCACCUUUGCGGCUGUCGUCCUCUACGUGGAGAACGAGAGAUGGGACGGGGUGCCCUUCAUCCUGCGCUGCGGCAAAGCCCUGAAUGAGCGCAAGGCCGAGGUGCGCCUGCAGUUCCGCGAUGUGGCUGGGGACAUCUUCCAGCAGCAGUGCAAGCGGAACGAGCUGGUGAUCCGUGUGCAGCCCAACGAGGCCGUGUACACCAAGAUGAUGACCAAGAAGCCCGGCAUGUUCUUCAACCCUGAGGAGUCAGAGUUGGACCUUACCUACGGCAACAGAUACAAGAAUGUGAAGCUCCCAGACGCAUACGAGCGACUCAUCCUAGACGUCUUCUGUGGGAGCCAGAUGCAUUUCGUGCGCAGUGACGAGCUCCGCGAGGCCUGGCGCAUCUUCACUCCGCUGCUGCACAAGAUCGAACGCGAGAAGCUGCAGCCCAUCCCCUACGUUUAUGGCAGCCGAGGCCCGGCCGAGGCAGAUGAGCUGAUGAAGAGAGUGGGCUUCCAGUACGAGGGGACCUACAAGUGGGUGAACCCCCACAAGCUCUGAGCCCUGAGCACUGCCCCACCGCACCCCACCCUCUCGGCCCUACCUCUCUCUGUCCUUCCUGCCUUCUCACCCUCUGACCCGCAUCACAUUGGGAGGACUUUGGGACCACAGACCUCAGCCUCACAUUCCCGGCCCGGGUGCAGACCCCCCGCUGCCCAGCGCCCCUGCUGCCCAUGGCCCAGGUACAUUCCUCCAGCCCCGCGCCGUGACCACCCCUGGCCACCACUGCCCUGCCCGACCAGCUUCUUUCCGCGGGACGGAGCCACAUCGGAAGGAAGGAGAAGCACGGCUCCUCCGGCCCAGCACCUGGGGGAGGACUGGAGUUACCAGCAACAGAGGGUCCGCGGCAGGCCUCCGUGGGCCAGCUCCUCGGGACUUGGGGAAAGUGGCCAUCACGACCACACUAGCCUCAGUGCCACUCAACAUCCCUGGUCCCCCAUUGCAAGGGACUUCCGUGUUGCCCAGCCAUCCUCCAUGUGUCAGCCCCCCCACAAGUGUCCCUCUGCUGCCCCCAGCUCCCCCACCACCCUAAGUGCACUCCACGGCCCACCCCAUCUCACCCCACCCACAGGUGGUGCCCUCGCUACUGGAAAAGUGGAAGCGCAGGUGGGAUGCCCCACCUCGGCCCCUGACAUUAAAUCUACAGACCCGCUGG